AUGGUUUUGCGAAACAAUGUUUUAAUUCUUCGAGAUUGGGUUGUUGAUGUCAGCCAUAAGUCUUUAAGAUUGUUGCCAUCUCUACAAUUGCGAUAUGGAAUUGAAAUUGGGGAAAUUAGAGUUUUAGGGUUCGACAACAUUGCCUCCAUCAUCGCGGCGCAGCACCGCUGGCAGCUCCGAUUCUUCCGCCAGCCCGACCACUUCUACUUCAAUGACCUCAAAACCGGCAUCCUCCAAUCGCGAACCCUAAUCAAGGACCUCGUCAACACCGACCACCCAACAAGUUUUUGUGUCAUCGAUGAGAUCUCCGUUGUCGACAAUGCCACCACCAAUGCCGCCAUCAUCCUCCAGCACACCGCAUGGAACUUCUGCGAAGGAAGAUUCCAGAAAGGUGAUAUCGUCCUCAUGCUUCACUACGCUUACGGUGCCGUCAAGAAAUCCAUGGAAGCGUACGUCAAUCGCGCUAGAGGCAAUGUUGUCGAGGUUCCCCUCCCUUUCCUUGUUAACUCCAACAACGAGAUCGUUUCUGAGUUUAGGAAGGCCUUGGAGAGAGGAAAAAGUAACGGAAAUAGGGUUAGAUUAGCGGUGAUUGAUCACGUGACUUCCAUGCUGUGUUUGGUUAUUCCUAUCAAGGAUUUGAUUCAAAUUUGCAGGGAGGAGGGGGUGGACCAGGUUUUUGUUGACGCUGCUCAUUCCAUUGGAUGCACUGAUGUUGACAUGAAGGAAAUUGAUGCUAAUUUUUACACUAGCAAUUUGCAUAAGUGGUUCUUUUGUCCACCUUCAAUUGCGUUUUUGUAUACUCGUAGGAACCCUAAGGGUUCUAGUUCUGAUUUGCAUCACCCUGUGGUGUCUCAUGAGGGAUGA